AUGGCAGACCAGAAAGUCUACCAAGCCAGCACCACUGCUCCAGUCAACAUUGCAGUGGUCAAAUACUGGGGCAAAAGAGAUCCCAAGCUGAAUCUCCCAACCAACUCCUCCGUCUCCGUAACCCUCUCCCAAGCCGACCUCCGCACGCACACAACCGCCGCCUGCUCCUCUUCCUUUGGCUCCGAAGACAGCCUCCUCCUCAACUCCUCCCCUCAAGAUGUCACCGGCGCCCGCACCCAGGCCUGUUUCCGCGAGCUUCGCUCUCUGCGCGCGCAGCUCGAGGCCUCCGACGCAUCUCUCCCCAAGCUCUCCCCCCUCCCCCUCCGCAUCGUGUCAGAGAACAACUUCCCCACCGCCGCAGGACUCGCCUCCUCAGCAGCUGGCUUCGCCGCGCUCGUCCGCGCCAUAGCAAACCUAUAUGAGCUUUCCUCGUCCCCUACAGAGCUAUCGAGAAUCGCGCGCCAGGGCAGCGGAAGCGCAUGCCGCUCCCUAUUCGGCGGCUACGUAGCGUGGCAGAUGGGCGAGAAAGCCGACGGCAGCGACAGCGUAGCCGUGGAGGUCGCUCCCGCAUCCCACUGGCCCACCAUGCGCGCCUUGAUCCUCGUCGUGUCGGCGGAGAAGAAGGGCGUGAGCAGUACCUCGGGCAUGCAGAUCACCGUCGCCACGUCAGAGCUCUUCCAGCGCAGAGCGGAGGUCGUGGUCCCCAGGCAUAUGCUGAAGAUGGAGAAGGCGAUCAAGGAGAAGGAUUUCGAGGCUUUUGGAAAGGUUACUAUGAUGGAGAGUAAUAGUUUCCAUGCUACUUGCCUCGAUACCUUCCCCCCUAUUUUCUAUCUCAAUGAUGUGAGUCGUGCGGCUAUUAGGGCUGUGGAGGAUAUCAACACCAAGGCGGGGAAGGUCAUCGCUGCUUAUACUUUUGAUGCUGGACCUAAUGCGGUUAUUUAUUACGAGGAGGAGAAUACGGAGGCUGUGGCGGGUGUGUUGAAGAGUGCGUUAGGGAAUUUGGAUGGCUGGCAAGGACGGGAUAUUAAGGAGCAGGCGAGUGAUAACUUGGAUGCGAGGGCGGUGCAGGUAUUGAAGGAUGGUGUGUCGAGGGUUAUUUUGACGCAGGUGGGUGAGGGUCCUAUUAGGACAGAGGAGUCUUUGAUUGCCGCGAAUGGAGAGCCAAUUACGAAGUGA